AAGUCUCCAGGUCUGAGAGAGGUUUUUCCAGCUGCUCUGAAGUAGCGUUACUUGCCGGAUACAAUGUCAUACCCAGGGGUUAGUGGUCCACCGCACCCACCUAAGAGGACUCACUACUGAUGAAAUGAAACGCUUAGAGAAGCAUGAGAUGCAGGGCUUUUUCUGAUAUUUUGUCUCAGCUAGUGUGGUUAGAGAAUUUCUGCAGCCCAGUGCAACGUUGCCUUGCGCCACUGCAACUUUCUUCAGAGCAAAAUAUUGGUGAAAUCCUCUAAUUUCCCUCUGCUUGCAAACUGGUGUGAAGCCUGGAAUGAUUUGCCUGCUGGAAGAAUGUUGACUCUAGAGUGGGAGUCGGAGGGACUGCAAACAGUGGGUAUUGUUGUGAUUAUAUUUGCAUCUCUGAAGCUGCUUCAUUUGCUGGGACUGAUUGAUUUUUCAGAAGACACUGUAGAAGAUGAAAUGGAAAUGGCCACAGUACGACAUAGACCUGAAGCUCUGGAACUGCUGGAAGCACAGAGUAAAUUCACAAAGAAGGAACUUCAGAUCUUAUAUAGAGGUUUCAAGAACGAAUGUCCCAGCGGUGUUGUCAAUGAAGACACCUUCAAAGAAAUUUACUCUCAGUUCUUUCCACAGGGAGAUUCCACAACUUAUGCACAUUUUCUGUUUAAUGCAUUUGACACCGAUCACAACGGAUCGGUAAGUUUUGAGGAUUUUGUUAUGGGUCUCUCAAUUUUACUCCGAGGGACUGUACAGGAGAAACUGAACUGGGCUUUCAAUUUGUAUGAUAUAAAUAAGGAUGGAUAUAUAACUAAAGAGGAAAUGCUUGAUAUCAUGAAAGCAAUAUAUGAUAUGAUGGGGAAAUGCACUUAUCCCAUUCUCAAGGAGGACGCACCUAGACAACAUGUGGAAACAUUUUUCCAGAAAAUGGACAAAAACCAAGAUGGAGUAGUUACCAUAGAUGAAUUCAUUGAGAGCUGCCAAAAAGAUGCUCCAGAAAGGAUGAGAAUAUAAUGCGCUCCAUGCAGCUCUUUGAAAAUGUGAUUUAACGAAGACAUUAGCUCAGCAACUAACAGACAAAUAAGAGCUAUUCUGCAGCAUUACCUAAAAGAUGAAUUUUCCAUGUUUAUCAUAAAUAAAAUUACUCAGCUUUACACUGAGAGAUGUAUUAUGCAAAUAAGCCUUUUUUAUUAUGAAGUUCCCCUCCAAAAAAAUUUCCAGUUGUUAAAAUUAUAUAAUUUAUCACUUCAGCAGUGGCUACGUGGUUAAGAAGGUUGUUAUAAAAAUGUCAGAUUUCUACUCCAAAGCCAGACAAAAUAGGACCUGACAUUAUACAGCUUUAUUAUCAUUCCAACCCCUAGAUAAAAUAGAUACCAUCACAAGACUAAAAACUGCUAGUUUUGCUACUCAUUUGUACUGGAUUCAGCUCCAGGUGUUUGACUCUAUUUCUUAAAUGUUAGCUUCUAAUUUAUACAGAAGCAUUACCAUGUAUUUUAUUUUCACAUUUGUAUGGUGUAGUCCUCACUUUUUUGAAUACUUUGAGUUAAAGUGCUAUAAUCAAUGUGCAAUGCACAUCUUCCUGCAAUGGCCUUCCACCUUUGACUUGCUUCUCUCCUCUUAAAAAAAAAAAAAAAAAAAGUUAUGAGAGCAAGAACCAUUUUAUAACAAAGAAUAGAAAAAAAAACUGACAUAGGUAGAUUCACUGCCUAACAAACGCUACUAAGCUUCUAUUACUUGUACUUAGCUAAUAUAUCUGCAUUCAAUUUUUUAAGCCAUGUAUAUCAGGAAUUCGAUAUACUGUAUUUCUAAUUCUUGUUAGAUGUGUCAGUCUCUGCAUAAAAUUAAGGAUCUUCUGAGUUGACCCUUCUCAUGAAGAAAAGAAAACUUGACCAGAUCCCAGAAUUGUUUUCAUAAGUAUGUGACUAAUUGCCUUUAAUGAAGAAAAAGACAAAAAGUUCUUUUGAAGCUUCCAUUCCACUUCAGCACUCACGUGAAUAUCAGUCCAUAGUAACACCACCAAUAAGGGAUGCUAGACAGGCUAGCAUCUGUUUCAGCUUUUUAGAGCAUCUUUAAUUAUUAGGAAAAAAAAAAA